AUGCUUAGAGCUUUCAGAAAAAGUGUACAUCCUCGUACACAAUUAAUAAGAGCAAAUGUUAAAAUAAAUAUAUUCAAAACUUUUGCAACUGCAACUGAUACUUUUUUACAAGGUAAUAAUUCAAAUUAUGUUGAUGAAAUGUAUGAAGCUUGGAGAAAUGAUCCAUCAAGUGUUCAUGCUUCUUGGAAUGCUUAUUUUAAAAAUAUAGAGAAUGAUAAUGUAAAACCAAGUCAAGCUUUUCAAGCUCCUCCAACUUUAGUUCCAACUGUUUCUGGUGGUACUGCUAGUUUUUACCCGGGGCAAAAUCCAAUAACUGAAGAUGUUGUUACUCAUUUAAAAGUUCAAUUAUUAGUUAGAGCUUAUCAAGUUAGAGGUCAUCAAAAAGCUAAAAUUGAUCCAUUGGGUAUAUCUUUUGGUGAUCAUGCUUAUGUUCCAAAAGAAUUAACUUUAGAUUAUUAUGGUUUUACUGAAAAAGAUUUAGAUAAAGAAAUUACUUUAGGUCCUGGUAUUUUACCUAGAUUUGCUCAAGGUGGUAAAAAAUCAAUGACUUUACGUGAAAUUAUUGGUAAUUGUGAAAAAUUAUAUUGUUCAUCUUAUGGGGUUGAAUAUGUUCAUAUUCCAAGUAAAGAACAAUGUGAUUGGUUAAGAGAAAGAAUUGAAAUUCCAAAUCCUUUUAAAUAUUCCCAAGAUCAAAAAAGACAAAUUUUAGAUAGAUUAAUUUGGUCAACAUCAUUUGAGUCAUUUUUAUCAACUAAAUUUCCAAAUGAUAAAAGAUUUGGUUUAGAAGGUGCUGAAGCUAUUGUUCCAGGUAUGAAAUCAUUAAUUGAUACUUCUGUAGAAUAUGGUGUUGAAGAUAUAGUUAUUGGUAUGCCACAUAGAGGUAGAUUAAAUAUGUUAUCAAAUGUUGUACGUAAACCAAAUGAAUCAAUCUUUUCAGAAUUUGCUGGUUCAAAAGAAUUUGACGAAGGCUCAGGUGAUGUUAAAUAUCAUUUAGGUAUGAAUUAUGCAAGGCCAACAACUUCAGGUAAACAUGUUAAUUUAUCAAUUGUUGCAAAUCCGUCACAUUUAGAAGCUGAAGAUGGUGUUGUUUUAGGUAAAACAAGAGCUAUACAACAAUAUAAAAAUGAUAUUGGUGAAUUUAAAAAAGCAAUGAGUGUUUUAUUACAUGGUGAUGCUGCUUUUGCUGCUCAAGGUGUUGUUUAUGAAACUAUGGGUUUUGCUAAUUUACCAGCUUAUUCAACUGGUGGUACAGUUCAUGUUAUUGUAAAUAAUCAAAUUGGUUUUACUACUGAUCCAAGAUUUGCAAGGUCAACUUUAUAUCCAUCAGACAUUGCAAAAGCAAUUAAUGCUCCAAUUUUCCAUGUUAAUGCAGAUGAUGUUGAAGCAUGUACAUUUGUAUUCAAUUUAGCUGCUGAUUGGAGAGCUACAUUCCAUUCAGAUGUUAUUAUUGAUGUUGUUGGUUAUAGAAAACAUGGUCAUAAUGAAACUGAUCAACCUGCAUUUACUCAACCAGUCAUGUAUCAAUCAAUUGCAAAGAAAAAAUCAGUUAUUGACAUUUAUUCAAAACAAUUGGUUGAUGAAGGUACUUUUACUGCUGAAGAUAUUAAUGAACAUAAAACAUGGGUUUGGAAUAUUCUUGAAGAAUCAUUUUCAAAAGCUAAAGAAUAUCAACCAACUUCAAGAGAAUGGUUAACAACACCAUGGGAAGAUUUCAAAUCACCAAAAGAAUUAGCAACUGAAGUUUUACCACAUUUACCAACUGCUGUUGAUGAAGCUACUUUGAAAAAAAUUGGUGCUGCUAUAAGUGAAGCUCCAGAAGGUUUUGAAAUACACAGAAAUUUGAAAAGAAUUUUAAAUACAAGAAAAAAGACUGUUGAAGAAGGUAAAGGUAUUGAUUGGGCAACUGGUGAAGCGUUAGCAUAUGGUUCUUUAGCAUUAGAAGGUUAUCAUGUUAGAGUAUCCGGUCAAGAUGUCGAAAGAGGUACAUUCUCUCAAAGACAUGCUGUUUUACAUGAUCAGAAUAGUGAAUCUACAUGGACCCCAUUAUCAAACUUGAGUGAAGAUCAAGGUGUUUUCAAUAUAUCAAAUUCAUCAUUAUCUGAAUAUGGUGUUUUAGGUUUUGAAUAUGGUUAUUCAUUAACUUCACCAGAUGCAUUAGUUGAAUGGGAAGCUCAAUUUGGUGAUUUUGCAAAUACUGCACAAGUUGUUAUUGAUCAAUUUAUUGCUGGUGCCGAAUCCAAAUGGAAACAAAGAUCUGGUGUUGUUUUAUCAUUACCUCAUGGUUAUGAUGGUCAAGGUCCAGAACACUCAUCAGGUAGAAUUGAAAGAUAUUUACAAUUAUGUAAUGAAGAUCCAAGAUAUUUCCCAAGUCCUGAAAAAUUAGAAAGACAACAUCAAGAUUGUAAUAUGCAAGUUGCUUAUCCAACAACUCCAGCAAAUAUUUUCCAUCUUUUAAGAAGACAAAUGCAUCGUCAAUUUAGAAAACCAUUAAUAUUAUUUUUCUCAAAAUCAUUAUUAAGACAUCCAUUAGCUAAAUCAGAUUUAAGUGAAUUCACUGGUGAAUCUCAUUUCAGAUGGAUUAUAGAAGAUAUUUUAGGUAAUAGAGAUGAAGUUAAAAAAGUUGUAUUAUGUUCUGGUCAAGUAUUUGCUGCUUUAAGUAAACAAAGAGGUGAUGAUAAAUCAGUUGCAAUUGUAAGAUUAGAACAAAUACAUCCAUUCCCAUAUGCACAAUUAAAAGAAUCAUUAAGUUCAUUUAAUAAUGUUGAAGAUUUAAUAUGGUGUCAAGAAGAACCAUUAAAUAUGGGUGCAUGGUCAUUUGUUACACCAAGAAUUCAAACAACCUUGAAAGAAAUUGGUAAAGACUUAGAAUUAAGAUAUGCUGGUAGAGACCCAAGUGCUUCAGUUGCUGCAGGUUCAAAAGCAAUGCAUUUAGCUGAAGAAAAAGAAUUUUUAGAACAAGUAUUUAAUUAG